UCUACUGACAGCUCCCCACCUAGGCCACGCACACGAGGACGGAGGAGACUACCAACUUGUAGCUACCCAACCUUACUACCUACUUAAACUCGUCCCAAUUCAUGUCGUCCCACCCGUCACCAGAAGACCCACCUGCACACACAACCACCGACAGUCACGUGUGUUGUGUCUCCAUUGCUUCUUUGUGUGUGUUCGCUCUCACCUUUCUGAGGCGACACGGGGUUGCUCUGGCCCUUCUUGGCCCCACCUAGCUUCAUCCCACCACCACCCUUUUUGUCGUCACCCAGGUCGAACUGAGCGAAGAAGUCGUCACCCAUGCCGCCCCCCUUGACACCCACAGAGGGCUUCCCAAACCCGCCGCCAGACGUCAGUGUGCCAUAGCCAGCCGAUGUUGCUGCGGCGUGUGGCGGCCUGGCCCCUGAUGGGGCUUUGGUGAGCGGCCUGGCGGCGCUUGACUGAGGGGUGGUCUUGAUGGGCGAGGGGGGGCCGGCCUUGAUGGCCUUGUCGGCCGGCGUGUGGGACUUGUCGCUCAUGGAAGAGGACGAGGGGCUGAGGGAUGAUGCCGUGUGCCUGUUGGGCGACCCGGCGGGGCUCCUGUCGCUCCCGCCGCCCUUUGACUUGGGCGAUGACGACCCUCCCAGCCCAGUGGCCUCCUUGACGUCGCUUGUGUCGCCAAACUCGUCCCAGAAUGAGCCGUCGUCGUCGCCCCAGCCGCCCUGAGCCUCCAGCAUGCCGUCAUCUGCGAAAUCGGGGAGGGUGGGGGACUGGGGCGGCUGGUGCUUGGUGGCGCUGCUGGUGUCUGGGAGGCUGCGAGAUGCCAUGGACUGGGGCGGUGGCGGCUGCCGAGUGAUGUUCUUGCCCGCUCGCUUCGAAUCUGAUGGAUGCACCAAUGCAGAGAAGCGGGUGGAGGGAGCAAGGCGUGUGUGCACUUGAUGGCUCCAUCGGUGUGUGUGUACCGUCAUCCGUGGGUGUGGAUGCGGUGGUCUCCGAGUGUGCCCUGCCGUCGCUCAUUCCUGAUGGCGGAGGGUGGGACGAUGCCGCCGACAGUCCCUUGUAAAAGGGGAUCUUCUUGCCUGCACACACCACACCACACCACACAGGCCACACCAUUGACUCCACAUCACAUACUCUCGUCAGCAUUUGAUUGCCUUGUUGUCUCCUCACUCACCGAGUGACGAUCCGACAUUGAGUGCCCAUCCCGCCACAGCAGCCAGCUUCCCUCUGUCUCCAUCCGCGCUGCCAGAGCCUUGUGAGUUGAUGGAUGCCGUGCGCCCGUCAGCCUGCGCUGCUGCCGCUGCUGCCGCUGCUGGUGGCGCGUUGGGCGGCUGGGCUGGUGCGGGUGCGGGCAGUUUGGCCAUCUCCUCCUGCACGUGGCGCAUCAGCUUCUCCAACACCCCAAAGGCCACCAGGCGAACCUGACGGCACAUCAGACACACAUGUGCACCAUGUCGCAUCUGUGGGUGUGUCUGUGGACUCCACCGCACGGCAUCGCAUCGCACCUCUUUCUCCGGGUCGACGAGCCGCAUGCACACGAGUGGCAUGAGUCUGUUGGCGAUGUCUGUGGGUGGGAAGAUGCCGAUGCCCGUGGCGGCGAGGCUCUGCAGGGCCGCCUGGCGGCUGGGGGGGAAGGUGUCCUUCAACGACACGCUGAACGCAUUGCCCAGCACCUGCACACACACACACACACAGACGCGCAAUAUCAGAAUGAUAUCCACAAGUGAGAGCUCGGGUUCAGCCGUCGAUUGUACCUUUCUGGCUUGGUCGACUGAGAUUUGCGGUGCCACUUUGGCGAUGCAGAUCAUCGUGUUAGUGCGGAUGGACGGCUCAUUGUCGCUCAGACAGCGGCUCAGCAGGCGCAGCGCCUUCUCACUCUGAAAGGGACACAAAACCAGCGGAGCCAGCCAGCCCAUAUGGUCAUGGACACUCCUGCACUGCCUGCACGUCCAUAUCAAAUUUGGUCGGUCAGUCGCACCUGUGCCUUUCUGAGCUUUGGCAUGAAGUACAGCAUCGACUUGACCGUCGCCUCCCUGCACACACAAACAAAGAACGAACAACCCAGUGAGUGCACCCGAUCCACUCAGCACAUUCACUGACCUCAGUGGUGCUGACGAGUCUGUGAACCCCAGUGCCAGCGGCUCGAAUAUCUCAUUGUUGACCGUCGUGGCGUCUAGGUGGGGAUCCAGGCUCUCCAGCUGCUGCAGCAGCGCAUACCUGCAACCACGGGAUGGAGGCCAUUAGGUUGAUCUGAAAGUGGGUCUCUGGGUUUCUUUGUUUGUGUGUACCUGAUGCCCCUGUCGUUGCUGCCGAAGAGUUUGGUGAGUGCAGGGAUGAUCUUGCUGCGGUACUCGUCGCCCGACAGAUGCGCACCGACCUUCAGCACUGACGUCAGGGCAACCGCGGCCAGCUCACUGAUCGAAGGACACACAGAUUGACAAAAUAUGGCCAUCAUGGCGACAGUGUUUGUUUGUAUGUGUGUGUACCUGAAUUCGAUGGCCUUGAUGAGCUCUGGCAGUAGUUGUUGUGUCUGCAGCUGGACUGGGAGGUUGUCGAGUGCUGCGGGCAGCUCGUCGAAGAACCUCUGCUUCUCCCCCUUGCCGCGGAGGUUCAGCUCGUCCACAAACACCAUCACCUCAACUAUCUUGUUGCCUGAAACCAACGGGGGAAGCACACGCUCAGACAGAAACGCGUCAGUCGGCACCAUCCAUCCGAUGAGGUCUCACUUUUGAAGUAUGGCUGUCCCGUGACGAACUCCCGCAGAUUCAACGCGGCCGGGGAGGGCUUCAGCAACAUCUGCACACACACACACAAUGCACACACACUCACCAUCUGCCCGCUGCUGUGCCCUCGCUGCUGUCACACUUACAUUGUAGGCCGGCCGUAGCUGGUUUGGCACCGAGUCAGCAUUGCCCUUGGGGUCGAUCUGGAUGCGGGAGCUGCUCGCGCCGCCCCGCCUCACUACUGUGUACGACCACCCUAUCAGCGACGCAUAACCCCACCUGACGGACGUCACACACACACACACACACACAUAUCAAAACACCGCAUGUGCAUUAUCGCGCUGUCUGUCUGUCUGUCUGUGUGUCUGUCUGUGUGUGUGUGUGUGUGUGUUGAUGCCUGUCUAGGUAUUGCGAGGGCAUGUUAGAUGAUGUGCCUUGCGGCAGGGUCCAUCCGUUCUGCUCGGCCGGGUUGCGGCGCACCUCGCCCAGCAGCUGCUCGGACGACAUGGCAGUCGACGCACAGCACUCGAAGCCGGACAGACGCCACGAACCUGACACACAACACAGCACACACAACACAAGGGGGCCGGGCCAAUGAGUGUACAGACAGGAGAGGUGCAUCGAUGGAGGCCGGUUGUGUCAGUCACCUGCUUUGGUGACCAUGACGCUGAAAGGGUUGAGCAGUCCGUGUGUGAGUUUGCAGUCCUGGUUGAGGAAGCCGACGGCCAAGCCGAUCUGAUACAGACCCCACGUGGGGUCACCACUCACACCUACACACACACACACACACACAGACAGGCAGCCGCAACAGACAGGCAAGGCGUCCAUACGACAAUCACUCCAUCCAUCACACUGCCACACACACUGUGUAGGCGUGUCUGUGUGGUGUGGCCACCGACCGGCGACAACGAGUGGCGAGACCUCUUCGGUGACGAUAUAGAUGCCGCCCUCCACCUCCAAACCCUCCAGCAGACGCACUAUCAACGGGUGACGCAGCGUCUUCAGCUUCUGAUUCAUCACAACACACACAGCACACAAACACACAAACAGACGGUCAACAAGCACUAUUUUCUUUGUGUUUCAUCUGGCGUGCCUGCAGGUGGUUCCGCGCCUGCCUCAGGGCGUCGGACGAGGCCGUCUUCUUGUCGCACACGAACACCGACACGGCCGAGCGGUCGAUUUUGUGGUAUCCGGUGUGCAGACUCCAUAUGCUCGAGUAGCUGAGGUUGAUCUUCUCCCCAAUGACGUAGUUGAAGGAGGACGGCAGGUCGCCCCAGAGCUUUCCUAUCAGCUGACCAAACAUCCGAUCUCAGAGAGGCCGAAACGGCCGGAUCUCGCCAACACACGGCAGGUCAGGAUGCCUGCAGCCUCCACUCGCCGUCCUGCGCCUUCUUUCU